GCUUAUUUCAGAAAAGCCACCAGGAAGUUACUGGGUUGAGGUUUCUGUUGUAGAAGUGUAUAAUAAUGAAAUUUUUGAUCUUCUGGCCAAAGACAGUUGUGGAAAAGUAUUUGGCGUCAAACGUGAUGUCGUCACAACCAGAGAAGGAAAGAGCGAUGUUCCAUUGCUUACACACGAGACUGUUGAAAAUGCAUCUGAAUUUUUGCAUCUAGUCAACAAAGGCCUACAGCUGAGAAUCAGGCACCCAACACUGGUGCACGCUCAUUCCUCUCGUUCUCAUCUGGUAGUUACAUUGACCAUAACCACAAUUGUCUCUGGAGAUAACUUUGGUACUUCAUGGGAAGAUGAGCAAACCAGUCAGAGACUAAAUAAAGAGGUUUCCUGCACCUUUCCACAAAAAAUGAGAGACAAUAAAUCCACCUCUUCCUCCAGAGCCUCUUCACCAGCUCAACUUGAAGUCACUGAGAAACUGAAGCAAGUCAAAACUAGAUUGCAGCUGGUGGAUCUGGCUGGCAGCGAGUGUGUCGGUAUGUCUGGAGUGACAGGUGCAGCCCUGAGAGAGACAUCAUUUAUUAACCGCAGCUUGUCUGCCCUAGCAGACGUUCUUGGAGCAAUAGCAGAACAGCGAUCUCAUGUACCAUAUCGGAACAGCAAACUUACACAUCUGCUUCAGGACUCCGUAGGAGGUGAUGCUAAACUGUUGGUGAUGCUGUGCAUCUCUCCUGACCAGAAGUACUUAACAGAAUCAAUGCAGUCUCUGGGAUUUGGAACUCGUGCUCGGCAAGUUCAGAGAGGACAAGUCAAGAAAAAAAAUUUCCCAGUGCAGGGUAAAGCAAAAUAA